CGUAUUUUUUGUAAUGUGUGAUCAAGACACUGAUUGGUCAGUCAGAGAACUAUCAGACGGAAGCAGCUGAUGAGGAGCGAAAUCAGGAGGAAACCCACCGCGGACCAGAGCUUGUGCCCACAGCGAGUCUGCUGCUUCCGAUGUGAACGACCGCUGCGCGCACCUGAGAGCGCGUAACAUGAACGGAAAUGGAAAGAAACUCAGCAGAAGUGGAAAUGCAGAAAGCGCAGAGAGAAGAGUAGCGCGUCACCUGUCAGACGCGCCGGACACCGGGGAAGUUCGUGCGUAAAAGCCAGACGCGUCGCUGCGCAGGAGAGGAAUGAAAGUGCGCUCUGAAGCACUGAAGCUCUCUUGAGGUGAACGGGCUUCGAGACAGUCAUGGAGUCUGAAGGCUCUGCCGGUUUGGCCAAAUCCGCCGCCCUAAAGUUGUCCGAAAUGGGCGAAAGAACUAAACAGCUCGGCAGCGCGAUGCAAGACCCCAACCGACAGAGAAAGCUCAUUCUGGUCAUCGUCUGCGUCGCGCUUCUGCUGGACAACAUGCUCUACAUGGUGAUCGUCCCCAUCAUCCCCGACUAUCUCGCGGAUCUGGAGACAGAGCAGGCGGCGCGCGCUCACGACAACUCCUCCGUGAGCAGAGCGAACCGGGACAAUCUGGACAUUCAGAUCGGGGUGCUGUUCGCCUCCAAAGCCAUUCUGCAGCUCAUGGUCAACCCGUUGUCCGGCACCUUUAUCGACCGCGUGGGGUACGACAUCCCGCUGCUGAUCGGGCUGCUGGUCAUGUUCGUCUCCACCUGCAUUUUCGCGUUCGCGGAUAACUACGGGACGCUGUUCGCGGCGCGCAGCCUGCAGGGUCUGGGCUCGGCGUUCGCGGACACCUCCGGGAUCGCGAUGAUCGCGGACAGAUACACGGAGGAAGCGGAGCGCAGUCGCGCGCUGGGCGUCGCGCUCGCCUUCAUCUCGUUCGGGAGCCUCGUGGCGCCUCCGUUCGGCGGAGUCCUGUACGAGUUCGCGGGGAAACGCGUGCCGUUCAUAGUUCUGGCCUUCGUGUGCCUGGUGGACGGCGCGCUGCUCCUCACCGUGAUCAGACCGUUCUCCAACUGCACGCGCGCGAACAUGCCGGUCGGGACGCCCAUCUACCGGCUCAUGAUGGACCCGUACAUCGCCGUUGUGGCGGGCGCGCUGACUGUCUGCAACAUCCCGCUGGCCUUCCUGGAGCCCACCAUCUCCAGCUGGAUGGAGAGCACGAUGAACGCCUCGAAGUGGGAGAUGGGUCUGAUCUGGCUGCCCGCCUUCUUCCCGCACGUGCUCGGGGUUUACGUCACCGUCCGGUUGGCCGCCAAGUACCCGGAGCUGCAGUGGUUUUACGGCGCGCUCGGGAUGGUGAUCAUCGGGGCCAGCUCCUGCACGGUGCCCGCCUGCAGGACCCCCGGGCAGCUGAUGUUCCCGCUGUGCGGCGUCUGCUUUGGCAUCGCGCUGGUGGACACGGCUCUGCUGCCCACGCUGGCCUUCCUGGUGGACGUGCGUCACGUGUCCGUCUACGGCAGCGUCUAUGCCAUCGCGGACAUCUCGUACUCUCUGGCCUACGCUUUGGGGCCCGUCGUGGCAGGGCAGAUCGUGCACAACCUGGGCUUCGUUCAGCUGAACCUGGGCAUGGGUCUGGUGAACGUGCUUUACGCGCCGGCGCUGCUGCUGCUCCGCUGCGUGUGCCAGAUGAAAAAGUCCUGCUCCGAGAGGAACGUGUUGCUGGAGGAAGAACCCAAAGGACUCUACGACUCCAUCCGCAUGCAGGAGCGCAGACUCCGGAGGAAGGGCUUGUGCACCACCACCGUGGACGAGAACGGGCUCUUCGAGACACCCCGGUCUCUCUCGGAGGAGGAAUCGUCGGGACCCGAGUUCAUUUAAUACAGAGAUCACAUCGCAAACAUUCUCCUCUGAUGUGCAAUAUUUAGUCCCUUUUAAGAUUUAGAUAGAAACGGGCUCUCCUGUAGUGUGUAGAAGAUGUGAGUAGAUGUAACUGCACAAAACCCAAAUAAAACCAAUGGUCAUAUUUCCAUA